UAAACAGUGACCCUCGUUUCUUCUCCCCUCUGAUUUUCCCCCUCCUGAGAGUCUCGUUUCUUCUCCCCUCUUGCCAUGGCAAGCGGGGGACCAAAUUCCUCUUCUCCCCCUUCUUGGGCGGAGAUAGUUGCUGCUGUUAAGAACCGUCCAAAUCAAACUCCUUCUCCGUUGGUGGAAGGACCAGUGCUGAGAAAACUCAAGGCUUCAACAUCUGAAUUUAUCCGCCUAGAUGGGGAUGCUAUGGCCAGAGCUCGUCUUCGCAUUCAACAUUCUUUGCUUGGCAAAUUCUUUGGCAAGCCACCCCCGUUCGAUCAAGUUAAAUCUAUCCUUCAGUCCAAGUGGAAUGAUAUUGGUGAAAUCAGUAUUUCUGAUCUACCGAAUGGUUAUCUUUUGUUUAGAUGUGAAUCUUUUGAAAUUUCUCAAAAAAUUCUGUUUGAUGGUCCAUGGGCUGUCAAUGGAGCUAUUCUUCAACUUGCGCCAUGGAAGCCUUUCUUUGAACCAGCUUUCACCAAACUUUCCUCUGCGGUCAUUUGGGUUCAAUUACAUAAUUUACCAGUGGAAUUCUGGGAUGGGGAGACCCUUGAAACCAUUUCCUCCUCUUUAGGGCGUUUGUUGAAGAUAGACGAGUUCACUCUUUCCAUGUCCAGGUCAAGAUAUGCCCGCGUUUGCUUGGAGAUAGAUCUUUCCAAGCCUUUGAAGCAAGGUUUUUGGCUUGGGGAUGACGAGAACAGGGUGUUCGUGGUUGUUCUGUACGAAAAGCUCCCUACUUUCUGCUACCAUUGUGGUAUGGUUGGUCAUGGCUCGAAUCUCUGCAGCCGCCGAAGUUCUAGGAAUCUAAAUCGUCCCUUGUCACCCCCGUCUCAUGUUCAAGGCGAACCCAACGGGAUGGAGAUAAGGGAGGAUUCUGUAUCCCAGAACAAUGGCAUGGAGGCAAGGGACGGUGCUAUGCCUCCACUCCAUGAUGAUAGUCUGUCUGAGAGUGCUGAUACUGAUUUCGGUCCUUGGAUGUUAGUUUCUCGACGAAGAGGGAGAGGUGGUGGCCGCGGUGGCGCCGGUGGUGGUGCUGGGAACCCAGCAUCACGUGAGGCGCAUGUGAGACCCACUGUCGAUGAUCCCAAAGUUUGGCCUCGUUUUGGGAACUCUCGCUCGCCACGUGGAGGAUUUUCCUCUCGCGGCAGAGGUGGCUUUUCUGGAGAACGAUCCAAUGCUUUUACUCACAUCCCUGUUCAGGAGGCGGGCAUUACUGCUGACUUGACUCCUGUUCCUGUUCUCGAUAUGGACUUGUCCAUGGCUCUAGUUCCAACUGAAAAAAGAGACGUUGGUUCUCUAAACAAUCCUGACCCAGUGCCUUGUCCCAAUCCCUCUGUGAGUUCCAAGAAGAAAAUGAAGCAGCCUUGUCAGACCCACUCUCUUCCUCCUAUCCUUCGGACUUCAGAUGACCCACCAGCUAGGUCCAACCUUGCCCCUCCCCCUCCUUCUCAUGCUUUAGCCAUUGUGCAAGUCACUGGAGCUUUGAAUCCCUCUCCUUUGCUAGAAAACUCUGAUCUCUCUAUGAGUGAUUCUGGGGAAGAAGAGACUGAUGAAGAUGAUAGUGACUGUGCCAUGUCAGAAUAUGAUGAUCCUGAAGAACCAGAUGACUCUAUGACAUUGGUUCAGUAUACGAAUGGUCUACGAAAAGAAGCUCUAGAUCGACAUGAUCCGCAAUCUUCCUCUUCUCUGCACAAGAAGGGAAGACUUGAUAUUGAUGGUGCGGCUACUCAGGGGCAGGGCCCUUCUCUUUAAGGGAAGUCCUUUGUUGAUUGAAGUCUAUCCUUUUUCGGCUCUGAUUGAAUUUCUUUCUACUUUUACUCUACUAAUACCAUUGUUUCCCAUGAUAGACAAAAUCACUAAACUUGUGUGUUGGAAUUGUAGGGGAGUCUCUGGCCGGGAUACCUCUGCUCGUAUUAAACAUAUGAUGAAAAGUAUCAAUCCUAUUUUCUUUUGUAUUGUGGAAACUCGUGCGAACUCCGCUCGGCUUGAUUCUUUCAGUGCUAAAUUAGAUCGCAACUGGGCCUGGGCUGCUAUUGAGGCCGAUGGAUACUCUGGUGGAAUCAUCGUCACUUGGCAAAGGGAUAUCGGUAUGGUUACCCCGAUUGUUAAAUCCAGUUUGUAAUUGUGAGUCUUUGAAUGCUGGUGCCGGUUUUUACAUCGCUGACUCUUCUUCAAAAUUUAUCAGUGCGGGCU